AUGCUCAAGCUCCUCACGACCCUCCUCGCGACGUCGAUGGUCGCGUCGGCGUCACCGGCGGCUCUCCGUCCCCGCGAUGGCUGCUCCAUUACUUGGAAUGGGACGGCCAUUACCGGCACCAUGGACGGCGCGGCCUGUCGCUACACCAUUCGCUACGGUACAGCCAAGCGCUGGGAGUACCCAGUUGCUGCGACCAACCAGAGUGGACAGGAUGCGGCAAACUUCCCAUCCAUGUGCCCCCAGCCUGUCGCCGACGAGCUCGAGUCGGCGCUCUCUACACCCGCUGCGCAGUCCGAGGACUGUCUCUUCACCACCAUCUACACGCCUGUGGGCAGCAACUCGACGGACCUGCCUGUUUUCGUCUGGCAUCAUGGUGGCGACUACGUCGAGGGCAGCGAGUCGGACAAGGGGCUGAACGGCUCGGCUCUGGCUUCCGAGUCGAGCAUGAUCGUUGCUGUCAUGCAGUACCGCGUUGGCCUCCUCGGAUUCGUCCCUCCCAGCGUCGCUCCCACCUCGGCAGAUCCCAACUUUGGUCUGCGUGAUGCCAUCCUGCACCUCGAGGUUAUCCGGGACAAUGUUGCUGCCGUCGGUGGAAACAGCUCGCGAGUGACUGUCGGUGGACAGAGUGCUGGCGCGUCGCUGAUUAGGACCAUGUGGGGCGCCCCGGCCGCACAGGGCCUCUUCCACGGCAUGAUCAUUCAGUCUGACCCCAUGAACUUUGGAACUCAGUCUGCGGCAGACGAAGCCGGCCUCCAAACCCUGGCCUUCACUAAUGCCACCCUCACUGGCAACUGCACCACCUUUGAGUGCUUCCAGAACAUCUCCAUCACGGACAUGAUGACCAUCGAGACCUACGUCAUUAGCAAGGCGUUCGCCAAUGUUACUGGUGUGCCCAUUGGCGAGACGUUCCGUCCUCAAUACUAUACCGAAUCGCUUCCUCACGACCCAUUCAACUCGCUCUUCAACAACGCUUCAAACUUGGCCAUCAACCUGACCACCGUUCCCAUCAUGAUCACGUCCAUCAAGAACGAGUCUGGUUACCUCAUCGAGGAGUUCUUCUCCUCAGCCACAGCCGGCAACGAGGCACUCUACGACUACGCUCUCCAAAGCCUCUUUGGCGACGAACGCGCCGCCAUUGUGAACGCGUCAGGCCUCUACCCCGUCAUCAACGGAACGGACGGUCUCCGCCAGGCCCUCGAGAUCGUCGUCACCGACGCGGCGUGGCGCUGUGUCACCCGUGAGACUGCACGCCGUUUGGCCGGUGCCGGCGCGACCGUCUACCUCGGCGAAUGGCUGGAAGGUAUUCGCUACACCUUUGGCAACGGCUCGUACUGCACGCAGGACGGCGUCUGGUGCCACGGCACCGACGUCUACCCGACUUUCAGCGACGGACCCGCCGGGUCAAACACCACGUUCGAGACGUUGGUACGUAACUACUGGACCUCGUUCAUUACCACCGGUUCGCCUGCUAGCGACGCCCAGCCCUGGACUGCAUUCACUGCCAACGGAACCGACGCCGACGUCCAUGCUAUCGGCGACGGCCCGAUGGCUACUUGCCCCGCCGACUUUUGGGGAACAAAGGUCCAAUGGGACUGGAUGCUGUACUCGAGCAACGAGACCGGCACCAUCGGCAGUGCCACGACUAGCUCGGCCACCACGGCCACCAGCAAGAGCGCCGGAACGGUCAACACCGUCAAGGUGCCGUUCAUAGGUGUGGCGGUUGCAAUUGCUGCUGUCGGCUGUGGCGCGCUCCUGGUUUAA